AAAAAUAAAAUUUUUUUGUAAACAUAUUGUUUCAUAAAUAUUUCGAAAGAAAAUUUUUAAUUUUACUACUCAUGUGGUAUACGUCAUUUUGUAUUUAAAAUUUUUUUAUAUUUUUUCUUAGGCAUUUUGUUCUAUACAAUUUUGUAAAAUCUUCCGUUCCGUCACUAAAUUCACGCUGGAAACCAAUUAGAGAGAUUCAUUAUGAAUCGCAAUCGAAAUUUCAAUAUUUAUACAAAUAACAGCGGUAGUAACAUAACUGCCAACAUGGGUGAAACUGGUUCCAGUACUAAUUUAUUGGCUGGCGGAGAUGAUAAUGUGCAAAAUCCAAAAUCGAAGUCUAACAUUGCUGCACCCAUUUCUGAUUUGGAUGAGAUGCCGGUUAGACGUUAUACUCGCACGGAACUACUACUACGACGUUAUGACCUCUUAUCCGUUGAGCACAUAUGGCAGCAUGAGUACGAGAACGAUCCAUACUAUAUUGCUGUUGUGAACCGCCUGCAUGAACUGGACUUGUGGACAGAAAUAUCACCUUCGGCUUAUGAACCACUCUAUAAUAUGGCUACUUUGGAGGAUUGCAGUGAUGCUGAAUUGGCAAACAUAGUACAACAGGUAAAUGAGAUAAAUGCUUCGCCAUCAGCACAAGGCUAUCGCAAUUCCUUUAAUCGACGUCGUGGCCGACCAUUUAGAAACUAUGGCAUUACUAAUAACAACUUUCAGCCUAUCUAUCAAAAUCCAAAUGUUCCCUUCAACUACUCAAAUGUCUAUUACCCGGCUAUUGCACAUGUCAAUGGUGGAUCCAUGCCAAAUGGAACUACUAUACUACCGCAACAGCAGUACCCCCCAUCCAUAUUUAUGCCACCACAGUUUUUUAAUUACUCAGCAGAUGAUCAAGCCAAUAAUGAUGUGAUGUCCUACUGUUGGUAUCCCACCAACAAGCACAACUUUAACGAGAAGCAGUAAAUCGUUGUAUGGUCGCAUGAACACAAGAUGUACCACACCAGAAUAUAGUGUGUAGUACUAUUUUGUAGGAUCUAACUGUUGUGCUUGUGAAAAGACUUGUGUUCGUGCUCUUUUUGUAUUUAAGUUAAUUUUAAAAAUUCCAAAAAAAAGGUAAAAAAUGAUGUUGAUGAUAUUUCUUUUUUCUCUAUUGGUUUCCAACUACAAAAUUCGUUUGAUUGUGUGCUUUUUGAAACCCAAAAUUCUGUUUAAAUUUGUACUACUGUACGAACUUUUUGUGCACUCACUGUAUUUCAUCUUUUCUUGUUUGUCUUCUUUUGGCAAAUUUGUUGGCGCCAAAUUAUACAAUGUAUUAUAUUUUAUAAGUCCACUUCAACAAAAUAAAAAUAAAACCUUA